CCCUUCAAGUCUCAACCACCCAUCUCCCUCUCCCUAAUUUGGCCAAUCUUUCUCCUCUCUCUGUAAUUCUUCUCACCAAAGUAAUUCGCACAGGCAUACUACCGCCAAAAUGACGACUUACAUCCCAGCCCUCACAAUCCCUUCAAACGUGUUUCUCAAUCCCGCCUCGUCCAUCCUCCUUCCCAUUGCAUUGGGCACUUCCGUUGGCUUUGGGACUCGACCCUCCAAAGCGCAAAAGACAUACCUCGCGUUGAAGCAACCUCCUUUACAUCCUCCGCCAUGGGUUUUCGGCCCAGUAUGGACCGUUCUUUACGGUCUUAUGGGAUACGCCGCCUACCGUGCUACAUUUACCGGCCUCUCACCCUUCUCUUCCCCACAGACCAUCCAGACGACUAAGCAUAGCAUGACGGUUUACACCAUUCAACUGGGCCUUAACCUCGUCUGGAUGCCGCUCUUCUUCGUCGCCAAGCGCCCAAUCGAAGCCACCGCCGACAUUGUCGUCUUGCUGGGCCUCAAUGGCUAUCUAGCUUCUCUGUGGGGAUCAAUCGAUUCGGUUGCGGCUUGGUGCCAUGCCCCUUAUAUCGCAUGGCUGGGAUUUGCGACCUAUUUGAGCGCUGGCGCUGGAUAUCUCAAUGGCUGGAACUUGGCGGACAAGGAGGAGACUAGAGAUGAUGUGAAGCAAUAGGAAAGUUAUCAUACUUAUCAACACAUAAGCUAAUCAGAAUGUCACGCUACAGCAUUGGAUAAACACGUGCUGAGCGACUCGAGUCAUAUCAAUCAGGAUAAUUGAAUUAUCUAUUGCGAGAUCAACAUCAUCCCGUAUAUAUCUAUCACUACUCCAUGUCCAUUUUAUAGCCCAUACCCCCCCUCAUUUUUGGUACACCAACACCCAGUCUUCAAAAAUAAAAAUUGCAAAAAAGCGCCCUUGGAAUGCCUCUUAAACAUGCAAAUCGAUUAUGCGUAAUGUUUUUGGCCAUGAGAAUAAAUGCUUCGAAGAAUAAAAAAAUAUUAGGAGAAAAGAAAAAACAAAUGUUUGUCGCUGAAUAUGUGUAUCAUCCAUGACAAACUUAUUGCAUGGGAACAUGUCGUUUCAGCCCGUCAUAAACCAUAAAGAUGAAGGCAGAGCUGGGGGCUGCUCUGGCGCAGGUAAUGCCACACCCACGAUACAGCCCUCGCAAUCCGUGGUGCCUCCAAAUGGCCAUGCCCUCACUAAAGAAGCUUCGACGUUGGCCAGUGCCGACAGGUGACGUCUGCAUGCGAGACUUGAUGGUGUCGGCGGGAAAGAAUAAGAAAUUGUAUGUGACACCUCCUGAUGCGCCGGCAAUAGCCUGCUGCCACAAAGGGAGAGGCUUCGAAAGAACUGCUUCCUUCUCCUUUUCAGAGGUGGCAGAACGAAGCCUCAGCUUAUAGAAUGCUUUUGUGGCCGUCUCUUUGGCUCCGAACCAAGCAGAACAGCCGCCAGCCUCUCUGAUGAGCGUGCCAAGCUGGCCGUGCCAAAAGCCCCUGAUCCCCUCAUGCCGAUACACCUCCCGAAUA